AAGAGAUGGAGAGUCCUCGAACAGUGGGAAAUUCAAAGUUUUGGCCACCGACGACCGCCACCGAAGAGGAUCUGGUUGCAAGAUUCGAAACGUCCCUGUACUUCAACGAGGACGUGCGCGACGAGUUGGUGGAGCCUAAAGUUGAUGUGAUAAGAUUCUGUGGACCCGGUUUGGAUAUCGAAGAAGUCCGUCGAAGGGCGAAGAACGUGUCCGAAUUGUACAUUGCGGAAUUGGAGAAGGCAGGGGACGAUUUGGUGGACGACGAUUUGGAGUACGUGACUUUGAAGGAUCGAAGAUUUAUUUGGUCCGGAACUUUUCCGAUCGAAGAGGAGGACGAGGAUGGACAACAAGUGGAGUUUUUAGAGAAGAAUGAAGAUGAGAAUAGUUUACAAGUUGUUAAAGAGAACGAGGACGAUUCUGGAGCGCAGAUCGAGGUCGUCGAACCUAGGAAACACGAUUUCGAAGACAACUCCUUCGACAAAAAGGAACAUAUUGUAGCUGAACUGAUAGACACAGAAUUGAAGUACAUAGCGAGUCUCAAAUACGCAGUGGAUAAUUAUCAGAAUUACUUGAAACGUAGAAUGUCGAAUGUUUCGUUCAUUUUCAGCAAUGUCGAGGAUAUAAUAAAUUACAGUAUUGUUUUCUUGGAAGCCUUGACGGAAUAUCAAUCGGAUUAUCAUGGAAUUGGAUGGGUUUUCUUGAAUCAAGAGAAAUUGUUCAAUUUAUACCCGUAUUAUGGAAGCCACAAACAGCGUUCCAACGAUCUCCUCAUCGAGCAUAAAGAUAUAGUUAUGGAAAGAGAAUUACAAAUUAAAGAUAGACUCGGCUUAAAAAGUCACCUUCUGAAACCGAUUCAAAGGUUAACCAAAUACAAACUCCUCCUGGAGAGUCUUCAGAAAAGUCUACGGAAAUCCGGCGAAUCUUCCGACUACUUGGAUCGAGCAAUCUUGCUGAUAGCCAAAUACUUGACGAAGACCAACGAUGCCGUUCUUCUAGCUUCGAUCAAAGAUAAUCCUUACAGCUGCUCGAAAUGCGGCGAUCUCAUCUUCUACGACGACUACAAGCUGCUGCAACCCAGUCGCAUGGACAUCGUCUUGUUCCUCUUCAGCAAGAUGAUCAUUUUCGCGAAAAGAGAUGCUUGCACGAAAAGUUUCUUCUACAAAGACCGCAUCCAUUUGGAGAACCUGUAUCGAUCGAUCGACGAGGACAAAUUCACCAUUACUCUGCAGAACUACAGAAGACUCGGUGUACAAUUCGUGAUCAAAGCUAAAGACUACGAAUCUUUGCACAGAUGUUCCGGAAAAAUCGACGAACUUCUCAUGAUUCAGUUGAAAAAGAAACGAACUGAAAUCAGGAAGUUGUACGAAGAGGAUAUAAGCGACGAAGAGAUGAUUAAAGGUGAUGAAAUUCAGGUGAAAAGUAAAAGUCGUACGCCUGUUCCGACUCCCAGAACGAAGAUAAUCCAUAGGGGAACCACAAUAGGCGGCGGUGAUAACAGAAAUACGCCAUUAGUUAAGAAUACUCAAAAACCAGAAGAAAGCAGAGAUCAAUUAGAUACGGCACCUCCGAUUACUGAAAGGAUUUUUCAGGAUCUUUCUCAAGCUUUUAAAUCAAAAGUUGAUAAAUUUCGGAGAUCUUCGAUUCCGAAGAAAUCCGAUGAAUCUUUGGCAACUGCUUCGACCUCAACCGCCAAAGCUAAAAGCAAGAAAAAGAAGCAGAAAGCGGGAAUGUACACGAAUACCAAGUACAUGGGUUAUUACAUGUCAGCUUUGAGAUAAUUUGAAAUGCUUUGGAUGUGAUAAUUCCAAGAUAAAAAAAAGUUAAAAUCCAACAAUCUUUGGAUGUAAUUAAUACUCUCAUCGUGAUCAAAUUUCUUUGGCGGUUUGUGUUGAAGUGAAGAUCAACAAUAGAAG